GAAGCUAUAUAAAGGGGAUGGCUCUACUAUUACGGUCAGUGGGGUAUAUACUCGUCGUAGGUGAAACUCGUCUCAAAAAUUUCAAGUCUCCUUUCUCUUCGUCCAAAUUGGAAAUUAACAUCGCUUUUAAACACAGAAAUAAUCAACCGAAGGUCCUAAUUUUCGUAAAUUGUUGCCAACAAUGGACAGCAAGGAGUUCCUCGAUUUUGGCAAGGCAAUGAUCGAUUUCGUGGCUAAUUAUACGGACAACAUAAGAGAUAGAAAUGUCCUUGCGGAUGUGGAACCAGGAUAUCUUGUUAAACUGCUACCGGAAGAAGCUCCACAGAAACCGGAAGAUUGGCAACAAGUGCUUAUAGACGUCGAGCGUUAUAUUUUACCAGGGGUGACCCAUUGGAAUUCACCACAUUUCCACGCAUUCUAUCCAGCGGGAAACUCGUAUCCCUCGAUUGUAGCUGAUAUUCUAAGCGCUGCCAUUGGUUGUAUAGGAUUAUCGUGGAUAGCUUCUCCUGCGUGCACCGAAUUAGAAGUAAUAACAUUGAAUUGGAUGGGAAAAUUAUUAGGAUUACCAAAACAAUUUCUGCACAGUAACGAAGGGUUUGGAGGAGGUGUUAUACAGGGAUCAGCCAGCGAGGCCACGUUAAUAGCUUUGUUAACAGCAAGGGAACAAACAACACGUCGUAUGAAACAUCUACACCCAGAUUUGGAUGAAGCUAUCAUCAAGGACAAAUUAGUCGCAUAUUCAUCUGAUCAAUCGAACUCGUCUGUAGAGAAAGGGGGAAUAUUGGCAUCGAUUUCUAUGAGACUUUUACCUACCGAUGAUGAAUGUGUCUUACGUGGUGAAACGUUACUGAAAGCGGUCAAAGAGGAUUUAGAGAAAGGUUUAAUACCGUGUUGCGUGAUUUCAACUUUGGGAACCACUGGUACAUGUGCUUUCGAUAAGCUUGACGAAUUGGGACCUAUUUGUAACGAAUACAAUAUAUGGUUGCACGUCGAUGCAGCUUACGCAGGUGCUGCUUUCAUUUGUCCCGAGUAUCGAUAUUUAAUGUCCGGCGUUGAAUAUAGCGAUUCCUUUGUUGUGAACGCACACAAGUGGAUGUUAAUUAAUUUCGACUGUUCUCUUUUUUGGGUUAAAGAUUCUAGGAGACUUGUCGAGACGUUUAACGUAGAAAGAAUUUACUUAGAACAUAAUAAAAAAGGACCAGUUCCAGAUUACAGACACUGGCAAAUUUCUUUGGGUCGCCGUUUCCGCUCCUUAAAAAUCUGGUUUUUACUUCGUAUAUAUGGAAGCGAAGGAAUCGAGCAGUAUAUACGACGUACGAUACAAAUGGCGGAGAUGUUUGAAAAUUAUGUUAAAUCUGACAGCAGAUUCGAACUAGCGACACAGAGAUCUAUGUCUUUAGUCUGUUUCAGAUUGAAGGGUAACGAUCGGUUGACGAAGGAACUUAUCGAUCGCCUAACAGAACGGAAGAAGCUUUAUGUAAUUGCUGCAACGCACCGUGGAAAAUUAAUCGUCCGAUUUAUGGUAGGUUCCCGUAUUACUCGCGAAGAAGAUAUCACGUUUGCAUGGAAGGAAAUUACGAGUCAAGCGACAGAAAUUCUGCAAUCAUUGACUGCUGCCGCAGAGAGAGAGGUACACGAAUCUUUCAAAAAUUCGGCAGGCGAUAUCGUGUCGAGGAUACAAAGUUUGAACAUUGAAUCGAAAACGCAAAAGAUAUCGUAGAAUUGUGCCGCGUAAUGUUACUUCAAUCAGUUGCAAAAAGAUUCUUUGACCAAAGACAACGUCAAGGAAGAAUAAAAGAGUCAUUUUGUACGAAAUUCGAUUUUUAGUAAAAUUACAUGAAAGUACGUGUAUUUACAGAUUUAGGCUGCUGAGCAAAAAAUAUCGUUGUUUAAACAAAUUAACGAGAGAAUAGUACAAGCUUGAUGUUCGAUUUUUGAAAAUGAUAUAUCGCAGCUUUAAAUAAUUAUUAUUUGAGUGUUAGAUUAUAUAAAUAUACCACAACAACAGAGAUAUUCUAUGAUAAUAGCCUAUACAAAAAGUAUAGAAUAUAAUUUGUAAUUUAAUUUAAGCUUGAAUUAUAUUAUAAGAAUGUAUCUUCGUCGACAAUAAAUAUUUUAAGUCCA